GCACACGCAUUUGCUCCAUAAGACAAUUCGCAUGCAAACGUCGUUCUCCCUCCCACACGCAGCACGUACGUGCGAUGGCAUCAUGUGUGUAAGGAUGAGACGAUACAUGCUCACUCAUCUCAGUCAGUCGGCCAUGCCUUGGGCUGCGGGUGGCGGUGGCCCGUUGAAGAACUCGUUCUGUUUCUGGAUGUAGAAGGCCCGCAGCUCGUUGUCUGACAUGGUGGACCGCAGAGUCGAAAACAAAAACUGCGCAACCGCAUACACAUCUGCACCCAGUCAUACAAACAAACACAGGCACUCGGCGUAUAUAUUUGUCUCUCUCUCCUCCCCUGUGUGUGUGGUGUGUGACCUUUGUCGUUAGCCAUCUGUUCCUGGUCAGGCGCCUCUGCCCACCGCUCCAUCUCGGUCUCGCGCAGCUUACCGGCGAUGACCAGUGCCUCGUCGAUCACCUGCACCCACACAUAAGCAGACACACUCACGUUCACGUGAGUGAGUGGGUAAGCGACCGACCUCUUGCGGAAAGCCAGCAGCAGCGGCGAGUUUGAUGCCAUAGCCCUCGGUGAACUCGCCCACCCCGUCUGCAAUGGCGAACUUGGGGUGCAGCUUCUCGUUGAUCACCGCACACUGCAUGCAAUGGCAUCCAAUCCACGCACACAUCGACGGACAGAGACACCCAGUAAAUGUCUCAAUGUCUCAAUGUCUGUCUGUCUCUGUUUGACCUCUAGGUGGACGUUCUUGACGUUUGGGUAGAGCUUGGCCAUGUUGGAGAGAACGUGGUAGUGGGUCGCAAACAACGUGAACGCACCUGCAUAUCACAUGCAUCCCAUGUGGGAGCCGUCAACGUCUCCGUUUCCCUGUGUGUAUGCCAUUGCGCUCUCACCGACCAAGCGCGAGUAGUUUCUCUGAGAUGGCCCAUGCGAUGGCGACACCGUCGGAGUGUGAGGUGCCGCGGCCGAGCUCGUCAAUGAUGACCAAACUGGGGACGCUCACGGACUGCACACAUGGACAGACACAUGGGGGCUGAUGGUGCCAUCCAUCUAGCUGUUGGCCUGCCUGUUCGAUGUAUGCGAUUUCCCUCAUCUCGCACUGGAAGGUGCUGCAGUUGUCCUCUAUUUUGUCGCCGGUGCCUAAAGACGUUUACACAAUGAGUGUGCGUGGUGCAAUAUAUGUGUUGAGACGCAUGGCAUGGACGUGACGCUUGUGUAUUCACCGAGUCGUGUGAAGAUCUUCUUGAGAGGCGUGAAGGAACAGAACUCGCAGGGACUGCGCACACACACGUGUCAAAAGGCUGGUUGUCAUUCUCAUGUCUGUCUGUCUGUCUGUCUGCUGGCUGACACGUAUGAGCCGAUGUGUGCAAGGAUGGCGAGCACAGCAAUGGUCUCCAGAUACGCUGUCGAGGAACCAACAGAGGGACUGUGUGUAUCGGCUUUGGUGUGAUUGCGUAGGCCGCUUACUUGUCUUGCCGGCCCCGUUCGGCGCCCGCACGAUUUGGAAGUUCGUGCAGUCGCUAAUAUAAUAGUCAAAGGGCACAAAAUGAUCACACGACUGCACACACAUAUGCGAGACACAAUAUAUGAGAAGCCCUUUGUUCUCCGUGUGUCUCUGUGCGUACGCGUUGCACGAGUGGGUGUGUGGCUUGUUUGACGGCGAUGGCCUGCAUGUCGUCCUCAAACAUGGGGCGGCACGUGCACUCGGGGUCGCGCAACGUCACGAAAUCCGCAAACGCCAGCAGCAAAUCGAGCAUCGACAGAGAGUAGCUCAGCAGAUACAAGGCCUAUCAGAGUGAGACACACACACACACACAUGGAUGGAUGGAUGGAUGGGGUAGAUGGUGGUUACUUGUAUGUGUUCGACGACGAAUGCCGUCAGGGAGGACAGCACCUGCGAUGCCUGCCGGAACAGCUCGAUCGACGAGUCCUUCAGAAUCAGCGACAGCGUGCUCAGCUUCCUGACACACACACACACACACACCCCUCUAAGGAGACGAAUUGACACAUACAGCAGCACACCGCAGGGCCACCCACCUGGAAGUGGCGAGGCAUUUGUUGCCUUUCUUGACAAUCUGCACGAGCUCGGGCGGCGCGCUGCCGAAGUUGGAGGACGGGAAUGAAACGUGAUAGCCCCGUGUCUCCGUGAACUCAAUCUUCAAACCCAGGUCGGGCCUGACAUCACAUGCACCACAGACAGACAAAGACAGGGACGGACGCCUUUGUUUGUAUGCCGUAAGGUUCGGUUCGCAGGGGUGUGCGUACGGUACCAUUCCUGUCUGUAUAGUUCGAACAGCUGGAAGACCUUCUCGACUGUCUCGUCGUAAAUCUUGCGGGCCAGGUCGAGCUUCGGCUCCACAUCCGGCUUGAUCUGACCACCCAUAUCACAUCACACACAGGGUGGUCAGUGAGAUGGAGAGGGAGGGAAUGUGUUGUUUGUGUGACUGUAUGGCCCACCAACCGCGAAGAAGAGAUGGAUCUUCUCCAGGCUGCUGUUCUUGCUGCAUACACAUACGUAGCAAUGCAACACGUGGAUGCUCUGCGUGGGCAAAGCGGUCACGACUCACUCACCUGUGCGAGACGUCCUCAUCAAUGAUUUCGUCGAUCUUCUGUGCGAUGAGCGCCAGCCGGGGGUCGGACAUGUUCUCCUUGAUCAGAUAAAGCAGGGGACACAUCUCGCUCGUCACCUCCCUGCACACGACAACAGAUCACACAAAAUGCAUCCGUGCGUGUGUGGGUCACUCUCUCUUUCUCACUCGAGGGCUUUGGUGAGGCUGGGGAGCAGCUGGAUGGUGUGCUUGAGCUGCAGAGUGCUCUUCAACAUCAUCCUGACACACACACACACACACACACUCUCUCUCUCCUCGUGUGGAGGUCGCCGUGGGCCUUCUGUCGGUCUGACUUUCCGUGUCGGUUGUCCUUGUGCUGCGGACGGGCGACUGACACACACACACGAGCAGGCAAAGAGGGUGGAGAAUUUCUGGUCUCGGUGCCAAUCUGCGCGGAUUUGGCUGACCGAAUCUUGAGCAGAUGAGGUCGAGGUCGGUGAACUGCGACAACGCGCGCUGGGUAUCGAAGAACCUGACCAACAAACAGAGAUGGUGGGUGACACGAAUGUUCUGCCUGCGUGUGGGGUGCCGACCGACAUCCAUCCAUCCAUACAUUUGCUCGUGUGAGAGGAACACAUCCACACAGUCGAGGCGCUCCUGACACACACACAUAGAUAGAUCGACACACAGAAACACACACACCUCCACACACACAAUGUGAUGUGUGUACUGCCGUCAUCAAUGUCACUCUGCACUCACGUUGAUCUCUUUGGGGUCUGUGAGCGGCUGCAGCAGACUCUGGCGCAACAUGCGCGCUGAAACCAAGAAACAGGGGACACGUCUGUCGUGUGCAGAGGACCGUGUUUGCUUUGCUCUCCGGGGGUGCAUUUGCGCACCUCCCCCGCGUGUUUUGGUGCGAUAGAGUGCGGAGAUGGACUUCUUGGGGUCGCCGUGUCUCGUGUCGGCCAGCAGCUCCAGGUGCUCCACCGUCGACGGGUCCAGCAACACAUAGUCGUCCAAAUGACGAAACGAUACCUGCAUAAACAAACAAAAAGAACACAGGGACACACACGGACUGAGCUGUCAUCUGUCGUAGGCGCAUCUGUCUGUGUGUGCGUCUCAUACGUUGAGUCCGUCUGUGGUCAGGAUGAUCUUCUGUGUGUGCUCGACGUAUUUGGUGAGUGCGGAGAAAGCUGCCAGGGCCACAUACCUGCAUACACCACAUGCCAACCCACACACACCGAGGAGUGCGUGAGCGAGGCAGCUCACUUCCCUUAUGAGGUGCGGUGCUGUGUGUGUACUUGUUGGUGAUAUCCAUGUUCUUCCUCGCUCCCUUGGCACUCUUCACCGAAGCCGCACCGCCAUUCUCGUCAAAGUAGCGCCGAGCUGCCAAUGGAUGAAUGGACAGAGAGAAUGAAAGCGGCACCAACAGUUCUCUCCGAUCCGUGUGCCCUAGCUAGAUACCGAUGAAUUGUAUCUUGGCUUCCUCCAGGUCGUGGUUCUCGACGAUGGCCUCGUGCAGCCGGCUGCCCUCAGCGGUUUUGCAGAGGACCAGCUCGGAGGGGAAGUAGGUGAGCAGCGUUCGGACCGUCUGCAGGUACGUGUGGUUGUCGCUGAACUGCAGCAGCUCGAUCUCAAGAGAAGUCAUGUCCAUCGCAGCCACACCAACCUGCACACAACACAAUACACCAAAACACCUACGAAAGAUGAUUUCGCUUUGUUUAUCACCUCCUUUGCCCGAUUCUCGAUGAGUGCGACGAAGAACGAGCCACAGCCCCCUGUGUGAGAACACCCAAUACAUAUACACACACACGGCCGAGGUGCUUCCCUCCCUCACACACCGUUGUUUGGCGUGGGUGAUGGCUGUGCCGACUGCCCCGUGCGGCCACGGGCAGACCCCGUCACGCCAGCGGACGCCUUGCUGCGGCUCGUCUUGCUGCCCAGGCCAUCGCCAGAGGCGAACGUACCAUCUGCAAGAGGUGUUCGUAGAUGUUGGUGGGUAAUAUCCAUGGAUAGAUACCUUUGCUGGUGCCCUGCAGGAGAGGCGUCAUUCUCCCGUGGCCGCUUGACAUCCUUGCGAGAGGGAAAAUGGCCUUCCAAUUGCG